AUGAUAAAACCCGGAGGCAGCUAUUCGCUUAAAAUGGCAGAUAUGGAUUUAAAAACAGCCACAUCCACGAUGGAAGCAUUGGUUCGUAUAAGUUCCAACAUGAAGAGCCUGGAGCAUGAGCUGCAUUGCUCCGUGUGUAAGGACAUCGUCAAGCAGCCCGUGGUGCUGCCAUGCCAGCACAGCGUCUGCCUCAUGUGUGCCUCGGAGGUCUUAGUGGCAAGCGGCUACCCGCCUCCAGACCUCCCCCCAGAGCCCAACUCCCCAGCCUCCACGCCCAACACCCGCUCACCCCGCCAGGCCCGGAGGCCGACCCCUAAAGCUGAGCAGCGACCUAUUGACCGCGUGCUGCGGGCAGGUCCCCACCCGCCUUCGCCAUCUAUGCCCCGGUCUCCGGGAUACGGGACGUAUCCAGGGCGGCGCCGUAAGGAGGGCCCGCCCCUGGUGAUGAUGUACCCCUGUAUCCCCUGCGGCCGAGAUGUGGAGCUGGGAGAGAAGGGCCUUGCUGACUGUCUGCGCAACCUCACCUUGGAGCGUAUAGUGGAGAGGUACCGACACACAGUGAGUUUGGGCAGCGUGGCCGUGAUGUGCCAGUUCUGUAAGCCUCCUCAGGCUCUGGAGGCCACCAAGGGCUGCGCUGACUGCAGGACCAAUUUCUGUAAUGAGUGUUUCAAGCUGUAUCACCCGUGGGGGACGCCGAGAGCACAGCAUGAACAUAUCCAGCCCACGCUCAACUUCAGACCAAAGGUUCUGACCUGUCCGGAGCACGACCAGGAGAAACUGCACUUCUACUGUCGGACCUGCCAGCGGCUGCUCUGCCCGCUCUGCAAACUGCGGCGUGUCCACACAGGACACAAGAUCCUGCCCGUGUCCCACGCGUACCAAGCGCUGAAGGAGAAGAUUACGAAGGAGAUGAACUACAUUCUCGCCAACCAGGACACCGUUCUGGGUCAGAUUACCCAGCUGGAGAGUUCCAUCACUCAGACUGAGGUCAACAGUGUGUCCGCCAGAGAGCAGCUGGCACAGAGCAUCAGGGACCUGACGGCCGCUCUGGCCGAGCGCCACGCUACGCACACCCAGGCUCUGGAGAUGGCGCGCAAGAAACGUGGCGAGGCGUUGGCCGCUCAAGUGGCGGAGAGACGGGGCUUAAUGGAACACACAGGACUCAUGGCGUUUACCCAGGAGCUGCUGAAAGAGACAGACCAGCCCUGCUUUGUGCAGGCUGCUCGCCAGACCCACAACAGGUUCAACAAAGCGAUUGAGAACCUCCAGCAUUUCACUCUGGCUGCUGAGCCAUCCUUCAGACACUUCCAGCUGGACGUCUCCAAAGAACUCAAACUCCUGACAGAUUUGAACUUCAUCCAGGCUCCACUAGCUCCAGUGAUUGAUACCCAGCACACCCUGGCCUAUGACCAGCUCUUUCUGUGCUGGCGACUGCCCCAAGACUCAGCGUCUGCCUGGCACUUCUCCGUUGAGUACCGCCGUCGGGGCGUCGUACCAGGAGGAGCGUCUAGGGGCGGCGUCAGAGGAGGAUUGUCCGCCGCCCGCUGGGGCUGGCAACGAUUGGAUGAAGUGAGCGGGACCAGCGCGGUGAUUGACAGGUUGGAGAUGGACAGUGUGUACGUGCUGCGGGUGAGAGGCUGCAACAAGGCCGGCUACGGAGAGUACAGCGAGGAGGUGUACCUGCACACUCCUCCUGCACCAGUGCUCAACUUCUACCUGGACUCUCGCUGGGGUCUCCAUGCCGACCGGCUGGUGGUCAGUAAAGAGCAGCGCUGUGCUCGCAGCGUCCCCGGUCUGUCCCUGCUGCAGGCCGCUGACCACGCCCUCACUUCCUGUCACCUGACCUCGGACCUUCUGGUCGGGGAUGUGGCUAUUACACAGGGAAGGCACUACUGGGCAUGCUCAGUGGAGCCUGGGUCUUACCUCGUGAAGGUGGGCGUUGGUCUGGAAUCUAAGCUGCAGGAGUGGUUUCACCUUCCACAAGACAUGGCCAGCCCCCGCUACGACCCGGACAGUGGUCAUGACAGCGGAGCAGAGGAUGCUCUGGACUCUGCUCCGCCAUUCUGCUUCCUCACGAUGGGGAUGGGUAAGAUCUACCUGCCCCAGCAUAACUACCACCACCACAGUAGCCAUGGGAACGGUAUCCGGGACCCCAUCACCAACGGCACCGGCCCCUCCUCCUCCGCGGGCCUCACCUACCCGCUGCCCCCUCGGCUCGGUGUGUGCCUUGACUUUGAGAAGGGUCGCGUCACCUUCUACGAUGCCCACUCCCUUCGACCUCUGUGGGAAGGUCACGUGGAUUGCUCCGGCCCCGUGUGCCCGGCUUUCUGUUUCAUUGGUGGGGGGGCUCUGCAGCUGCAGGAGCUGGUGGCCAAUCGCAAUGCAGACCAGACUCCGGUCAGAAGGGUAACCAUCCAAACCCGUGUCUCUAAUUGAAAGAACAACUGACGGCUGAUCUGAGGUCUUGUGGU